AUGUUCCGGCCCAUGUCUUCGAUGGAGAACGUAGAAUUCGCUUGGUCGCCGACGACGACGACCACACCUGGCAGUCCGACAACAGCAACAACAACAGCGACGACAGAAGCAGACGGAAGAACAGUAGCGUCCUCGCGGUCAAGAUACGAUGCCUUCUCCCCUUCCUUCACCACAACUACCGCAACUGCAGCUGUCACGAGCUUGGACCGCCACAACAACAGCUCUUCUUCUUGUCCUGCAGGAUCUUCUGGAUCUUAUCCCGACUCUCUCGCCAAACUCUCCGGUAAUAGGAACAGACAGAACUCGGAUCAAGGAACAGUAGGGUCGGCGGGAGCGGGGAGGGUAUCAUUCGACCAGCAGUCUAUCCACCCCUUACAGCUGGAUCCUGAUCUGGCUACUACUACCGAGGAAGUCGAAGAUGAGCAAGAUGUUGAGAUGGAGGAAAGGGAGGGGGAGGGAGUUACUAUGUUGACAAACGGUGAUGAUCAGCAGCAGCAGCAGCAGUGGGCGACGAUGACGACUACGACGACUACGCCGAUGACUAUUGCCAACACUCCUGUUUCAAUGGCAUUGGCGACAACGUCAUCUUCUGUGGAUGCAUUGACAACAGAAGAGGCAGGACGAGGCGCAUCAUUGGGAGGAAAUCAGGAUCUUCCUCCUAUUCCUUCUGCACCCCAGCCCCGACUUCAGCCUCAGCAACAGCAUGUGGUUCAGAAAAAGUCCUCCUUUGCCGCAAAACUGCGCAAGGUUUUCAACAACUCCAAGGCCUUGCCUCCUACUCCUCAGGAUGCUAGUACUCCCACAACUAAUUCUACUGUCAUUCAACACCAGCAGGAGAUGCAGACGCAGGAGGAUAUUAUCUCCUUAGUAUCAAGCGACGAUCUCUUUAGUGGCAGCAGCAGAGCAGCGACGGGAGCAAGUGGGGCGACAACACAAGCCAAGGCGGUGACUCUUAUGGAACAACAACACCGUGGUUCAGUGUCGUCUGCCAGUUCUGUUGACACUACGGUGGAUUUGCAGCAUCAACUUGGGAACAGCGCCUUCCAGCGACGGGGUUCGAAUCAGACAGAGACGCCGUCAACGUCUCCGGAGUCUACUCCUUGUGGGUCCCCCACUGAUAUGUCGACCCUGAACACCAUCAUGUCCACUGCCACUGAUGCCACAAAUCAACAACCAGGAGGAUCGGGAGUUGUCGUCGUUGUUGGACCGAUCCCCUCUUGCGAUAUGGAUCCCGAUAGCACUCAGCACCGUCACCCUAUCUCAGGAUCCGAAUCCUCAUCUUCAUCUUCUUCACCCUCAGCGGCGGACGACGUUGAAAGUACCGUGUCUGCACCUGUGGUCGGAACGAUGCCACAAGUCGCCACCCCCUUGCCCACCAACCAGACAGCAGCCGACAUUACCUCUGCCCUCCAACCACCACCCUUACCAGCCAAGGCUGGGAACCCGACCAGGACUGUCAAGAAGCGGCUCUCAUUCGCGUCCAUCUCGUCGUUUUUCAGUCCCCGCAACGGUGGCUCUUCCAACAACAACAGCGCCACAGCUCAACAGGAGGCGCGUGCGAAGCAGCAAAGGGCGUCAUCUGUCCCCCACAUUGAGAACCCGCUGGUGACUGUCGGGCGUCAGAUUGCGGGAUUCCAGCGCCGCCAUUCUUUGAACGACUUGGAUGAUAAUAAGGCAUCUUCCAAGAUCUCGAGGGUGGGUGUCAACUCCUGGGAGAAGGAUCCUAAUGCUCUUCCUACCGCCGCUGCCGGUGCUGGGCAUGAAAGUGCCUCCACUGGCGCUGCAGCCAGCACCUCUACUGCCAACAACCGUACACCCCAGUCUCAGCAGGGAGUCCCCAAGCCCGCCAAGAAGCUGUCGUUGAACAACGUCUUCAACAAGGGCCUUCGCAGGAAGAAGAAGAACGCCGCCGCGAAUGCUCUCAAACCUGAGUCGUCCAUCCCCGCGAAACCACUCCGGUCAGCUCUUGCCAGUCGAUCAAAGAUCGCUCAACCAGGUUCAGAAGCGGCAGCUCACCAGCACCAGCAGGCACCCAAAGUCCAUUUGGUCCAUCGAUCGUCGGUGGUGGUUGCAGGACGGAGACGGUCGGCAUCUAUUCGGUCCCAGACCAGUUCUUAUCGUCGGCAUCGUCGGAAUUCUCUCCACCAGCACCAACACCAUCAUCAUGGUCACAACAGCCACCAGCAUACAGAUCCCUUCGCACGACUUGCAGAGGCCAACCAUGCAUUGGCGGCCUUGAGCGGACACGGAUCUGAUGCCCAGACUGCUGCUGCAGUCCUAAGGCUCCAACAACACCUACAGAACCAAGAGGGAGAGUUCUCCUCAUCUCAGGAAGAUCUUGACUACUGCGCGUCACCCUCAACGUAUGACUCUACCUCUGGUGAAUUACCUCCUUCGCUCGAUACACAGGGCUUGCAUUACCACCACAACAACCAGUCUCAAGAAGGACUUCCCAUCAGCCCAACGCGACCUACUACCAGACUCGAUGGAUCCACCAUAGAUUCUACCGCCCUCUCGACGCCCUCGACCUCACACACCCAACAACGAAACGGACACCCGACAUUGUCGCCUUCGUCCUCCUCCUGCUCCUACUCCUCUUCAUCAUCAUCGUCCGAUAGAGUCAAGGGAUCUUCGUCCCGGUCGACAUCGGACGGUGUCGAGUCUUGUUCGUCUUCUUCUUAUUCCUCGAAACAGGAGCCUGUUGCCCCCGAGUCGUCCCACUCUGCUGCUGCUUCUGCCGGUACUACCAGCGUGAUUGAUCCUUCCGAGUCGUCUGUUGACGGUUCUUUGUCGAGUCGGAGGAGCUCUGCAGACCGUGGUGCAGUUUUCAACCCACUCCUCCCAGCUUCUGCAGCGCGCGUGUCCGUCAACCGGAUCGCCAUGGAAUCCCAGCAACAAUCCUACGAAACCCUCAACAACAACAACAACAACAACAACUUGUUGGCAGGAGUAGAAUCAGCCUCGACAACGUCCUCUUCCUUUUCCACCGAAGUCUCGUCCACCACCUCAGCUUCGACUUCUUCCGCGACCUCUAAUGACUCGAGCUUGCCGGCAAAGAAGAGUAGUGUUACGAUUAUGAACACGGUCGCGGAGGAUGCUGUGAGUGAAGAGGAGGCGAUGAUGCAAGCCCAGUUGACGUAUAUUCAACAGAAACAGCAGCAGUACCUUGUCGAACAGCAGCAACCUUAUCAGUAUGAGUUGCACCAUGAACAGAUGCAAGAAGAGCACCACCACCAUCAUCAUCAUGUCCACUACCUCCCACAAGACUACCACUCCCACCAUCCACUCCAUCAUCACCACCACCACCAUCACCAUGACCAAGCAGCAGGCUACGACCCAAUCCCCUCAGAACCCCACCACCGCCAACCCUACUACUACCCCCACCCAUCCCUCUUCCCUCCCCGUCCGCCGCGUCAACUCCAAUUCUCGACAAAGGAACCCCUAGUGUACCCGACAUGGACGCCCGAGCAAUACGAUCGGACGAGCGACGCGUAUAUUACGGCUUCAAGGUUGACGCCCGCGAUAGCGAACAAGAUCAAACUGGAGUUGAACCAGUUCAAGUCCCAGGAGAUGCUCGUCCAUGAGGAGAGUCGAGUCUAUACCCAUUUCUUUAUCUAA